AGCAGUUUGCUUUGUUUACUGUGUUGUUCACUCUCUUCUCUUAUCUAAGUGUACACAACUAUAGAUACAGGAAAAGUGUAUGUAUAACAGGCAAUUGAAUUUCAAGUGAAUCAACUCCGAUGUCUGUGGACCAAGCCGCGGCGGCGGUUCUGUCGCAAAUCGCGCUCGCAGCCGACGGCGCUGUGCUCGGUUUAACCCUAGCUUACGUGGCAGUUCGUAGCAUUCUCAAAUACAGCUCUUCUUCGUCGGCGUUGCGGAAAAUUCAAGACGCUCCGGCCGUUCGCGUCUCUGAUCUCCGGUCGGUGCUAUCUUCUUCCGAUCAAGGCUCCGAUGAAGGUAGGAUCAUCGUUGUUCGUGGCUCGGUUGAGGCAAAGUCGGUUGUAGAAGGCAAUUGGAAAAGUUUGAGGCCUAAUCAUGCUCUCGUCUCGCCUGAGUCCGGCGAGAAAGGCGUUGUUUUGUUGCGAACACAAACGUGUAUAUACAACGAAUGGAGAGGAUUUUUUGGAUGGACAUCAGAUAUACGUUCCCUCUUUGCAAGAUCAUGGAAAGAGCAAGAGUCUUCAUCAUUAAGAACGGUUCCUUUUAUUCUUGUUGAUGGUGGAGUUUGGCCAUAUUCUGAUUAUGUCGUUGUAAACAUGGACGGCUCAAGACAUCCAAUACCUCUUGUAACUGUUUAUCACCACUUACAGCCGAUCACAGCUUCUCCUUAUACAUUUCUACAGGCACUUUUUGGCCAUGAGUACCCUGUCGGACUGUUGGACGAAGAGAAAAUUCUUCCAUUAGGAAAAGAUAUUACUGCGGUUGGGACUUGCAGUUUGAAAAAUGGGACUCCUGAGAUCAAAUCGUGCAAGGAUCUGCCCUAUUUCAUGUCUGACAUGACCAAGGAACAGAUGUUGGUAGAUCUCGCGUUUAGAACAAAAGUUUUGUUUUGGGGGGGAGUGGUUCUUAGUUCUCUAGCAAUAGGCGUGCUAAGUUAUGCGGCUGUAAGGAACUGGAAUAGAUGGAAAGAAUGGAGGCAAGUUAGGCGCAUCCAGCAAGAUAAUUCUGCUGCUAGCAAUGAGCCGGAUGCUCAGGUUAUAGCAGAUGAGGAAACUGGGGAUAUUCCAGAUGGGGAGCUGUGUGUGAUCUGCCUAAUGAUGAGGCGAAGGUCCGCAUUCAUUCCAUGUGGGCAUCUAGUUUGUUGCCAGCGCUGUGCACUGUCUAUAGAGCGUGAAAUAUCACCCAAAUGUCCAGUUUGCAGGCAGUCAAUUCGCACUUCAGUCAGGAUAUAUGAUUCUUGAGAUUUUCUAGGGUUGGGUACAUUUCCGGUACAAAUGUAGUGUAUAGACUUAGAUGACUGAAAGCAACUGUUUGCUGUUGGAAUACAUGGGAUAGAGAUUUUUGCAACUGUGUGUUAUAUUUUUCUUAUAAUAUAGGUGAUAACUGAAACAUUUUGUUUGAGCUAAAUUCAGUAGAAGAAAUUUUAGUUAUU